GAGCCUACGAUAACUGAUGGUCACAGCCACACAGUAGAGGAUGUUGGAGAAAAAAUGAUCUUACCUUGUCUUUUUGCUUGAAACUAUACUGAUUUGGGCAAAAAAAUAAAUAGAGUAUUUUAAAAUUGCUUUUUUUAAUACGGUCGGUGCGUAAACGGAUAUGCAUUUGUCACUACAGUUCGGCAUAUGACAGCCGCAUUAUGCUCGACUCGUCUCUCAACUUUAGGCUGCGGAAGAGAGGCUGCACCGUGGUUGUAGUUUUAGGUGUUAUUAAUCUCUUAGUGGCUUUAUUUUAUUUAAUGGGUUACUCGAAUGGGUCGUCAGCAAACAAACUAAUAAAGACACAGACGCGAAUUGAAACAGCUUUUAUUACCGUGACACUUCCACCGCAAGAUAAUGGACAACACGACCUUAAUAACAGAGUUGUAAUAUUGCGAACUCCGAAGUUUCAGGAUAUACCCAAUACAACUACUACAACCACUACAACAACGACUAACACUACAACAACUUUGUGGAAUAAGUUUGAAAAAUGUCCUGAUCCGUCUCCACAUCUGGUUGGGCCUCUCAGGGUGGAGUUCUCUACGCCUGUCAGCUUGGACACAGUGAGGAAGGAGAACCCAGGUCUGCAGGAAGGAGGUCGCUACAAACCACAUGACUGCGUCGCCCUCCAAAAGGUUGCUCUAAUCAUCCCCUUCCGCCAUCGUGACGAGCACCUCAAGUUCUGGCUCUACUACCUCCAUCCCAUCCUUCAGCGCCAACAGCUGGACUAUGGUGUCUACGUCAUCAAUCAGGAUGGAGACAACACAUUCAACAGGGCCAAGCUGAUGAACAUUGGCUAUGCUGAGGCCCUGAAAGAGUAUGACUACGACUGCUUUGUGUUCAGUGACGUGGACAUCAUCCCCAUGGAUGACCGCAACCCCUACAAAUGCUUCAGCCAGCCCAGACACCUGUCUGUCUCCAUGGACAAGUUUGGCUUCAAGUUGCCCUAUAACCAGUACUUUGGCGGUGUCUCAGCGUUAAGUAAGGAGCAGUUCCUGAAAAUCAACGGCUUUCCCAACAACUACUGGGGCUGGGGUGGUGAAGAUGACGACAUUUUCAACAGGUUGAGCUCCAGAGGAAUGUCCAUCUCUCGUCCAGAUGGCGAGGUCGGAAAAUGCCGGAUGAUCCGCCACGAGAGAGACAAACUGAACGACCCAAAUCCUCAGAGGUUUGACAGAAUACAACGCACGAGACUGACGAUAAAUACCGAUGGGAUCAGCUCUCUCAAGUACGAAGUCAUCAAAGUGGAAAAGGAUGCUCUGUUCACGAAUAUCACAGUAGAUGUGGGGAAACCUUAGUGAAAGUGGAUGAAUGUUAGUAGUUAUUUUGCACAUCACUUAUCACAAGGUGGUGGGCAGAGAAAGCACAGCGGAACCAUGGAAUGCAGUACUGAGAAUGCUCUGAAUUCUCCGGGAACACGUGUAUUUAUUGUGGAAACAAAUGGAGAGCACUUGGAUAAAUAGGAUGGCACAGCAAGACCUCAUAAAUAUCAGAGUGGAUCAAAAUGUUUGAUCAACAUGUUUGACUUUUAAUGGCAGUACAAAAGGGAAGGUGCGUGGGACAAAGAAGUUAUUUUAUAUAUCAUUUGUAAUGAGUUGUCUUUGUGUAAUUCUGUAAGGGAGAACUACUUGGUUUAAAUGUGUAUAUAAGUUGUAUAAAUAUGCAUAUAGUUAAUACAUAUUUUAUAUAUUGUUUCUUCUUUCAUUUUCGGCUAAGAUAUUUGAGAUGAUUGCGGUUUAAUAUAUUUUUUGCGGAAAUGUUUCCCAUAUUUGAAACUGUGUGAAAGGUCUUAAUCACAAUCUAAAAGCAACGAUUGGUUUGGUUACUUAUAUAUGUUUCUAAAAACAUCAGUCGAUACCCACUUGUUUGCUGUGAUUCUGUACAUUCACUACCUGUGACAUGAUCACUUCCAUGCUUCUUUACAUUCAAACCCUAUUCAGUACCUGUAUGAAUGAUCACUUCCAUGCUUCUUUACAUUCAAACCCUAUUCAGUACCUGUAUGAAUGAUCACUUCCAUGCUUCUUUACAUUCAAAACCUAUUCAGUACCUGUAUGAAUGAUCACUUCCAUGCUUCUUUACAUUCAAAACCUAUUCAGUACCUGUUACAUGAAUGAUCAAUUCCUUGUUUCUGCAGCGUACAAAUCAGUCGGGAACAAACAUACGACUGACCAUCACAAUAUGUCUGUAUGGUCAGUCUCAGUCCCCGCCCAUUUGGCUUAUCUUUAAUGUGUAGAAAUACUGGUUUGGUGAGCAGAACACUGUGGACCCAACCUGUCACUUUAUUUCAUGUGACUGGAAGCAAAAGCCUACUGCCUGGUUUUCAGUCAUAGGAAUAGAACAGGGAGAAGUUAUUGAAUAAAUCAAAUGUUUACAUUUGAAAUAUUCAAAAUCUAUUUUUAUUGAAUACAUUUUACUUUAUUUGUCCUGUUGGGCUAUUGAAUAUAUUCAUUUAUAAUAGUUAAAAUUAUUGGAAUACAUGUUUAAUUGAAUUUAUUUAAUUUCAAGUCUCCAAUUGGGGACUCCAAAAAGUGACUACAGACCUAGCUCUGUUUUUGAUUUCCGUCCUGUUACAAGGAAAUCAGUAACGGAUUAAUUUGUGGUUAGUCAAAUAAUUUGAAGAAAUACUAGUGAAUCAGUCUUGGGAAAUCCCAGACCUAGGGCAACAUUGUUCACAUUGUGGGAGGCAACCCGUGUGCCAAGGGAGACUAGAGUAUUAUUAAUUUAGAAGUUAAUCAUUUCCUUUUCCCCCGUCACCUCACAAAUUGGAACUUGACCAUAUAACUGGGCAAUAGUUCAGGUGUGAUAAAAGUAGGUCUUGUAAGACUUGUUAAGUUGAUUGUGUUGUCAAGAAAGCAGAGCAGUGCGUUAUCACAGAUAGACCUCUCACCGAGGUAAAGACAGUUUCAGGUUGGAUAUUCCACGAAUAUUCGCCUGUACUUUUCAUUACGUCCACCAACAGCAGUUAGGGACCGUCAACAUAGUGACAAAUCAAAUUUUUCACAUUUCAAUAGCUCUUUAACCAUAACUCCUAAAACUUUCAAAACGGGUUGUAGCUAACCCGAUGGCAUAGACACAUUGCACACAAUUUUUUUUUGUUGAUUUACAUUUCGCACUAUUUUCAAUUAUUUAUUUACAUUUUUGA